GUUUUAAGAGUACGUCAGUUUGAUUCUAAUUUUCAACUAAGAAUAGAGCUACGAAUGUUAAAAAUGUUAAAACGCCACGUAAUAUACAUUUUAGCCGCGAUUGUAACAGCUGUACUAUUGGCCGUAGUUUGCAUCAAUCUCGGAACGAUGAAAACAUUUACCAGGAUGCUUAUGCAGGACCGCCGUAUGCAGGAGCAGGAGCAGCCGAUCUUACCAGAAACAUCAGAGCAGCCAAUCUUAACAGAAACAUCAGGGCAGCCGAUUAAACAUGAAGCUCUCCAGUGUAGAUACAACAUCGACGAUUAUGACAGCAUUAUUGAAAGCAUCCGGAGGGUGCUGGAAUUUUUACAGCUUUUUGUGACGGAAAUGACACUGGAUGCAGCAGUGGGUACAAGAGCUCUACAAGGCCAGCUUCAGCUGAUACUUGAAAGUUUCACUUUACCGGUCGAAAUUCGGACGGAAAUGGAGCAGAUUCUGACAAAUGUGACGGAUAUAAGCGAUAACAUUGUGGGACAUUUUGUAGACAGUAUGAUGGAGAAUGACCAGUCGCCGGCCGGUAAAGAACGUUUGAAACAAAAUCUUUAUUGGAUUGAAAGUGGCACACUGUGGGAGAUGCCUGCUGCGGGAGAUUGGCAGACCACAGAAGCUCUGGAUUUGAAGCGUUAUGAAGUUGAAGACGACAGUUCCAUUACUUUCAACGAAAGUAACUUUUCCGAUCAAUGCAUCGGCAGUGUAUUUGAUAAUUGCACCGUUCCUGCAGAGUGUUUCACAUUGUUUUUAGCGAAACGGUACUCGGAAUAUCUUAUUGCGCACGCUAGUUUGUUUUUGCUUUUCGCGAAAAAGAAAAAUUGUUUUGACGACGAACAAUAUAUGGAAAAGAUAAGCAAGCACGGUGAUCCCAACGACAUAAUGGCGUCGUUUUGCGCAAAAAUGUUCGUAGAAGCUCAGACUAUUGACAUGACAGGAUUUAAUAUUAUGCGCCGUGAUUUGUUUUGCGAACAAGUUCUUGUGUGCUCAAUGUCGGGCUUCCGACAAUUUUUGCAUCCAUCUUGGCUCCGCACAAUCUUAUCAUGGCAAGGUAAAGGAUUACUGGGAUGCUUUGAAACACCGAAACAUUAUGCGUCUAAGACAUUUGAAGAAAUUUACGGCAUCAAGAAAGAGGGUAAGCGAGUUAAACGAUACGACAACGUAAUCGCUGCGGGUACUCAAAGUUGUUCAACACAUUUUACUGGUGUUGCAAUCGGUAGCAUUGGUGUGCAUUUGAGGUAUCUGAUGGAGACUUGUUCAGAAACACUAUUCGAAGCCGAUAGUACUUAACAACUCCCUUAGUGUCUUAAUUUUUUUUAAUGUGAAAAAGCAAAAC